AUUUCUUCUUCAUGGAUUGCUGUAUUACACAUAAGUUGGACUAUCUAAAAUUUAAAGUUAAAAAGAAAGUUUGUUGGAUUGUUUUGGGUUGUUUGGGAGAAUGUUUUGAAUGUUCGGGAGAAUGCUUUGAGAAAUGUUCGGAAGGAUGUUUUGAGAAAUGUUUGGGAUGGGAAAAUGUUAUGGGAAAUAGGCAUACACUGAACAACAUUAGGAUGAAUUAUUCUAUAUCACAAUUAAAGUGACAAUUUAUAAAAGAAAGAGGAAAACCAUCAAACAUCUCCAAAUUUAAAAAUUUUUAAUUAAUUUAAAAUUUACCCCAAACUUUUUUCCUUUAACAUAAAUUAAUUUAUAUACAUCAUUAACACAUAUUUGCAUUUUAUAAUAAUUACUAGAAUAAUAUCCUUCUUCAGUUUUUUGAUCCAAUUCAAAUAAAUAUUUAUUUUCCUCAUCAUUUCCACACCCAACAAACAUUUUUAUAUUUUUCAUUCUUUUUUGUU